AUGGAAAUAACAAAAUUUUUGAUAGCACACGCACAUUUAGAGACGUCUUUAGUUAACUAUCUCCUACUUGGUGUACUUUUUUGCGGCGCUAUCGCCGCAAAACUGAAAACCUUCAAGGACUCGGAACUUGAUUCUGGCGACGCGUCCGGUCGUAUCGUGGGCGGUUCAGAUGUGCCAGACGGUGCCCUUCCCUACCAAAUAUCUCUGCAGCUAACAAAGCAAAACAACUUUCAUACCUGUGGCGGUGCCAUAAUCGCUGACAGAUGGAUCCUCACUGCUGCGCGUUGUCUCAAAAAUAAAUCUCCAAAAGAUUUGUCCAUUUUGGCGGGAACCAACUCAAAAACUAAGGGAGGCACUAGAUAUAAAAUUGACAAAUUCUUUAAACAUGAAAAAUACACAUCGAAACCCAAUAAGAAUGAUAUUGCUUUGUUGAGAACUGCUGAGAAGAUCAAAUUUACAGACAAAGUUAAAGCCAUCGAAGUAGCAACCGAAGACCCCAAACCAGGAGAAAAGUGUAAAUUAUCUGGAUGGGGAUUCACUACCCAAAAUCAGAGAAACAGACCCGACAAAUUGCAAUGGUUGGACGUAAAAGUUAUAUCUGAGAAAGAUUGUAAAACUACGUUUAAUCAUUUCCGACGCUUUGAAAAGACUGACCCUAUUACUCCUAACCACAUCUGUAUUCUCAACAAGAAAGGUGAAGGCGGUUGUCAGGGUGAUUCUGGUGGAUCAUUGGUAUGCAACAACAAAUCAAGUGGUGUUGUCUCGUGGAAUAUUCCAUGUGCCAAAGGCCAGCUUGAUGUCUUCACGAGAACCAGUAAAUACACCUCUUGGAUUAAGGACACCAUGGAUGCCAAUAAGCCUUAA